AUGUUCGGAAUCAAGCUUGUUGGUGUUAUAUUCACCUUGAUACAAGUGACGGCCGCUAUUCUACCCAACACCACAGCUAUAUCCCAUCAAGUAGCCCAUUCCUCAGAAGAAUCUAUAAUCAUUACUUCUCCUACCAAAGUACAAAAACGACAUGCGAAACCUCUGACAAAUGCGGAACGUAUGUCUGCUGGAAUGCUUCCUGCAUUUCCAAAAGUACUGGAACGUACAGUGCCUCUCAGAACAAGAAAACAAUAUAAGAGAAAUUCCAAACGUCAAGAUCCAGCUCCUUCAGGUGGUUCAACGACACCACCUACUGAACCUGCGCAGUUAACUGCUACAGAUCUCGCCUCAACGGACGAUGAUAAUGUGUUUUCAAGAGCAUUGGCUUUUCCUGUACAGAUAUUUGAUCGAUCCAGUUCAACACUAUACAUAAGUACCAACGGUCUUUUAUCCAUUAACGCUGGAACAAGCAGUCUCUCCAACUCAGCUUUACCCACUACCGACACUAAUAUACCCUCUUACGCUGUAAUGCCUUUCUGGGAAGAUUUAUAUUAUUACGAAACCAGCGGCGGCGGAGUGUCUUUCCGUUCCGACGACACUUCCUUCAACUUGAGAUAUUAUGGCACCAGUUUAAACGAAGAUGGAGUGGUUGAUAUCAACGUAUAUUACACUACUUCAAACCCUGGUAUAUUCUAUACUUACUACAACUCGGAUAAUACAGCUACUGGAUCUGAAGCGACUAUUGGUGCCCAAGGUAAGCCAAAAUACGUUCAAUACGACUACAGAGCCGCCAAUAGUGUUGGACCCGGAACGACACUAGUCACCAAUGGCGAUGGAUCUGUUACAAAAUCUGGAUCUAUAUAA